GCAUCGAGGGCGCAGCUUGCAGGCACGAGACAAUGCACACGAGCCUGGAGUUGACCGACUGUUGCCGAACACCUGCUCUUUGGGCCGUUUACCCCCAACCUUUUAUGGAAAGGACGAUAUAAAACUGGUAGGACAGCUGUCGGUUGGGCCAGUUAGUUUUCAAUGUUGGUACUGACGCGUCGCGUACACGUUAUACCGAUCUUCGAAUUUCGAAUUUCGAAUUUCGAAAUUUUCACCGAGAAGGUAUCGAGAAGGUGAGUCGAGUUCGAUCGUGACCGAUCCGUGUAAAUUGGCUAGCUGUUGGUGUUGAUCUCAAGAUGAAGUUGGAAACGUGCUCAUUGUGGAUUACAUUGAUCGUAAUUGGUGCGAUAGAAAAAGAAAUUGGCGCUGACGAAAAUGCGUUUGACGCGAUACGAUCGUUACGAGAACAAGUGAACGCUCUCCUAGAUCACCGUCAACAGGAUUACAACGCCUUGGAGGGUAGUUUGAAGCGCGCGAUCGAAAAAAACACAGAAUUGUUCGUCUUGAAGGACGAGGUAAAACAACUGAGAAAGGAAGUAAUCGCUCUUCGAGGGGGCGGUAACGGAAACGAGGCGAAGAACGAAAAGUUGCGAGUGAGAUGGCUAGGAAAUGCGGUUACCGAGCUUCGAGGCGAAGUAGCGGAGGUUCUUCGUACGAGAAACGCAAGCGAAGAGUUUGCGGAGAGAUCGAGGAUGAGAGGAGAGCUUGCUCUUGUGAAAGGGGACGUUGGCGCGGUCGGCAGAGGAAUCCGAAAUCUUGGUGGUAGAAUCGCCAAGAUCGAAGCCGUGCUUGGAACGAUUCGUAUCGAUAUCGCGGCGGUGAAGGAACGCUUUAGUCUGCUUUCUCGCAGCUGUGCCGAUAUCGCCAGUCAGUUGAGCACAGUUCAAAUGGAAGUGAAAUCUUUGGCCAAUGGCAAUACGGUCAACUCGGUGACGACGAUCGAACGGGAUGAAAAAUUGGAGAAAGACGUAAGAAGGGGAAGGAAUCGGAUAGAGCAGGAGCUCGCUCGGCGUAGGUUGGCGAAAAGGCAGCGAACGCGAGUCGUCGACCGGUUAAACAGUUUGGAACGUAAGAUCUCUUCGACGACGGAGAGACGAGCGACGUUGGAAAAACGCGUCGCGUACGAAAAUCAACGAUGGUCAAAGCUGGAGGAACGCGUGGAAAAGUUGGAGAAAGUUCAAGGCGAGUUGUCUCGGCAACUUUCGAACGCGAGCGAGAACGCGAUAUCGAGGAAGAGUAUCGGCGAAUCCCUCGGUACGCGGCUGAUCGAGUGGCUACGAGCCCUCGAGGAAGCCGUCGAGACGAACAAUUCGUCGACCAAGCAGGAACUAGUACGACUCGGCGUGAACGCCGCUCGAAAGGCUGCUGAACUAUCCUUGACUAGGGAGGAGUUGAACAAUUUGCGUCGAACCGUUCAAGCGUUGAGCGUUAGCGCGUCCAGGCUUCAAGAGAGAAGCGAUCGGCAACAGGAGAUGAUCGAUCGUUUGAACGACGACGACGACGACGACGACGACGACGACGCCGCGACGAGCGUCGCUUUCGAGCAACAACAACUGGACGAGGAGGAUCAUCGAUAUCGUUUGAUCGGGCAGGAUUUACCGGAAAACUGCGUGGAAAACGAGCUCGAGGACGACGGACCGAGACUAUUGUUGCGUGGAGGACGAACGAGCAGACCGAUGUUGGUGUUUUGCCGCAAAGGCUGGUUAGUGAUCAGCCGUCGAAUCGAUGGCAGCCUGGACUUUGAUCGUACCUGGAACGAGUAUUCCCUUGGUUUCGGUUCUCCCGUUACCGAAUACUGGAUCGGCAACGAGAUCCUUCAUCGACUGACUCGCGAUAAUUGCAGCAGCUUGCGUAUCGACCUGUUGGAUAUGAACGGGCAACGUUGGCGCGCCGAUUACGAACGGUUCGCGGUCGAAUCGAAAGAAAACGGGUACAAGUUGCGCGUUUACGGUUAUCGCGGGAACGCAACCGACGCUCUCUCCUAUCAGAACGGAAUGCCCUUCAGCGCGAAAGACGUCGACAUGGACGCGAGUACGACCCACUGCGCGAAAAACUACCACGGUGGAUGGUGGUUUAGUCGUUGUCAACACGCUAAUCUGAACGGUAAAUACUCGUUGGGUUUGACGUGGUUCCGAUCCGACAGCAAUCGUUGGAUGUCGAUCGCCUCCGCGGAGAUGUCGAUUCGUCAAAGUCUCUCGUGCCGAUCGCGGUAGUCCCCCUUCGAUCUCCCCCUUCGAUACCAAAGACUUAUUAUUCUACAUCGGUGCCGUCCAAUCAAUUCUUCGACCUUCUAUAAUACCUCCUAAUACACUAUAAUUUACUUACUUAUUCGUGCUAUUUACUUGUACAGUAAAAAAUAGGUAUUUAAAGAUAAUCGCGUUAGAAAAUAAAGAGACGACUUUGCAUUAUUA